UGAUUUUGCUUCGUGAGCUGGAAAAACAGAGAUGUUAAUUUGACAUUUACGCGCGAGUAAUCGGUUAUGACAUAUUUAGCUGUCAUCGCGUAAAUUAUCACCAUUGACGGCUCUGAAGGAUUUCCUAGAUUUAGUAAAAAGAAAAAAUUAAAUUAAAGAUUUUAUUAAUUUAGAUAAGAAAUAGAAAAAUGUUUUGUGCUUAUACACAUUCUUUGCCCUAUUUGUAUUUGGGUAACUUUGGACGUAAACCACAUCAUUAUUACACAGCCAACAAAAAUAAAGUGCAAAAUUCGACAAUUGCCACGGGGAGAACGUACACAAAUAGAGCAGCAGCUGCUGGAAAACAACGACGUGAUGCGUUAAGUAAGCCUUUGACCUCAGAGGCUGUCAGCUCGGCCCAGAAUAUGAUUCGUGUGCCGCAGAACUUGCGUCACAUGGUAAAUCAACAUAAUGCCACAGCCGCUAACUUCUUUGAGGCGGAACGUCUCAAUCAUAUGUUAAAUAAAGCAAAAACUAUGUUGGCCUCACACCUGCAGCAGUUGGAACACAUAGAGGUGAGAAGGGUGAAGAGCAAGAAAUCGCAUCAUUUGAUAGAACUUACAUUUAAUAAUGCAAUGGCUCACAAUAUGCCUGCUCCACAAAAAUAUUCCAAAUUGUUACAAACUAUUAUACCUCAACAUCAAUUAAAAUUUGUACGUAGCUUUAAGACGGAUCGUUCCAUAGCUGCUGAAUUGAGGCGUAAUCCCACAGUGGCUUCCCGCUUGCGCACUGCUUUUAGUGGUAAUCCACAGAAAUUGGAAGGUGAAUUAACUAGUGGUUCGGAAACAUUGAAAAAACUAUUGGAGAAAUCAACCGAAAGUGGCAGUGGAAAGGAAAACACCAUAAAAAUUGCCUUUGCUGAGGGUUACUUAGCUGCUGUUAAUUCUGAAGAUCAUCCCAAGUCGGGCAAAACAAUGAAAUAUCUUAAGGUCUUUCAGCAAUUAUUAGUAAUUGUGGUAUUUAUUGGCAUAUUCGUUAGUUUAUUCUCUUCCUCAAAUGGUUCCAUGUUUCGUAUACAAUUAGGCAAUCAGGUGGAAGUAGAUCCUGAAGAAAUACAUGUUACCUUUGAUGAUGUCAAGGGUUGUGAUGAAGCAAAACAAGAAUUGAAAGAAGUGGUAGAAUUCCUAAAAAAUCCUGAAAAGUUUUCCAAUUUGGGUGGCAAAUUACCCAAAGGUGUUCUAUUGGUGGGUCCUCCCGGUACGGGUAAAACUUUAUUAGCUCGAGCCGUAGCUGGUGAAGCUAAUGUACCAUUUUUCCAUGCCGCUGGUCCAGAAUUCGACGAGGUAUUAGUGGGCCAGGGAGCCAGACGUGUACGUGAUUUGUUUAAGGCCGCCAAACAACGUUCUCCCUGUGUUAUAUUCAUUGAUGAAAUUGAUUCUGUGGGCGCUAAGCGUACCAAUUCAGUUUUACAUCCUUAUGCUAAUCAAACUAUUAAUCAAUUGUUAUCCGAAAUGGAUGGUUUCCAUCAAAAUGCUGGUGUUAUAGUUUUGGGUGCCACCAAUAGACGUGAUGAUUUAGAUCAAGCUCUUCUUAGACCGGGUCGUUUUGAUGUUGAAGUCGUCGUAAGUACUCCCGAUUUCUCAGGACGCAAAGAGAUUAUUACUUUAUAUCUCUCGAAAAUUUUACACGAUGAAAUCGAUUUAGAUAUGUUAGCUAGAGGAACAUCCGGUUUUACUGGUGCCGAUUUAGAAAAUAUGAUUAAUCAAGCUGCUUUAAGAGCGGCCAUUGAUGGAGCAGAGACUGUUACAAUGAAACAUUUAGAAACAGCCCGCGAUAAAGUGCUUAUGGGUCCGGAACGUAAAGCACGUUUGCCCGACGAGGAAGCCAAUCUUAUAACAGCCUACCAUGAAGGUGGUCAUGCGAUAGUAGCCUACUACACCAAGGAAUCACAUCCUCUACAUAAAGUCACCAUUAUGCCGCGAGGACCAUCACUGGGACACACCGCCUAUAUACCUGAAAAGGAACGUUAUCAUGUCACCAAACAACAAUUGCUGGCAAUGAUGGAUACCAUGAUGGGUGGACGUGCCGCUGAGGAAUUAAUAUUUGGUGCAGAUAAAAUCACUUCGGGCGCCAGUAGUGAUUUAAAACAAGCCACCUCCAUUGCCACACACAUGGUUAAAGACUGGGGCAUGUCAGAGAAAGUGGGUCUACGUACAAUUGAAAGUUCAAAGGGUCUCUAUCCAAAUGAUGCAUUAGGACCAAAUACUGUUGAGGCAGUAGAUGCUGAAAUCAAACGUAUACUUAACGAUAGCUACGAACGGGCCAAGGCAAUUCUACGUAAACAUGCUAAAGAACAUAAGGCAUUAGCUGAAGCUCUUCUAAAGUAUGAAACCCUCGAUGCUGAAGAUAUUAAGGCCAUUAUGAAGGAUACACAAUAGUAAAAAAAAUAACUUAAUUUUUCAACAAAACAACAUAAUUACAAACAAGACGUUUUAGUUCUACGUUACUCUAUAUUAAACAAAAAUAAACUUUUACUUAAAUUUACUAAAAAAAGAAAAAUUAGUAUAAAAACUAUAAAAGAAAAUUACAAUAAGAAGCUUGGAAAUUGGCAUUACUUAACAAAUAUGUAUACAAAAGGACAUGAUAUAGCAAAAGAAAAAAAAACCUGCUAAGCAAAUGCUUAUUUAACAAGAGUCAACUGAAACAAUAUUUCAACAUGGAUCACAAGGAAAUAAGAAACAAAUUAAUUAACAAACUCCAUUUUAUUUUUUGGUAAUUCCAUAGUCGAAAACAAAAAUAAUGUAAGAAUAAUGAAAAUAAAAUGAAAAAAAAAAUGGAAAAAAUU